UUAUAAGGCGGCGGCGACGCAACAGCCGAGGUUUAUUUGAUAACAUAGAAAUUGGGCAUGAAGCAAAUAGGAAUUUUAGAUUUGAGCACAAAUAACUCUUUACAUGUGAUUUCGCGCUCAAGCAGUUACAUAAACAUACACACUACAUAACAUACAUGUGUUCAUGUGUGUGUGUUAGUGUAUGUUUUCAUGCGCAACGCUUUCCCCUUCCACAUUGCGCUGCUAUCAGAAAGAAACCCAAUAGGAAAUUCUCUGGGCUACAUGUGUGUUCUUAUAUAUUUCAAUGAGUCUAGUUUAAAGAAAGUUCAUGCAAGCUUGUGUGCGUGUGUGUGUGUGUGCAAACAUUUGCACAGCCAACAAGUUCAUGACCAUAAAAAUAACAUGUAAUAAUUAUUGUUGGCAUUCGGCAAUUGCCUUGCGCCGCUCAUGAUCACUUUACACGUCCCAUCUGGCAGCCGUAUAACUGAACAAUACGGAAACGUAGAAAGCUUUGCACGAGAUCUCGUGCAUCAAUUGCAAUUUUCAAUGGCAAAUUGCAGCGAGAGCAGAGGCAAUUUUCGCAAUUUUGGCAAUUUUCGAAUGCGAGAGCAACUCGAAAACAAUUUUGUUGCAUUCAGUAUUUGUGCAACCAUUGUGACAUUUAAAUCAAAAGUGCGACACAAAAUACAAAUAAUUUGGAAAAAAGCAAUGGCUUCUACGCUGGUGUGGCAACAGCUAAGGACGUUCGUCACCAGGUAUCCCAUUGUGCGUGGCAUGAUAUCAUACAGCCUGAUCUGGCCAACGGGCAGCCUCAUACAGCAAUCGUUUGAGAACAAGAGCUGGGGCAACUUUGAUUGGUGGCGCGUCUUCCGGUUCAGCAUGUACGGCGGACUGUUUGUGGCGCCGACGCUAUACGGCUGGGUGAAGAUAUCUAGCGCCAUGUGGCCGCAUACAUCAUUGCGCACCGGCCUUGUUAAGGCGGCAGUGGAGACCAUAUCUUAUACGCCCGCUGCGAUGACCUGUUUCUACUUCAUAAUGAGUUUGCUAGAAUCGAAGACGGUCCGCGAAGCAGUCGCAGAAGUUGGCAAAAAGUUCAUUCCCACCUACAAGGUUGCACUAUCCGUUUGGCCACUGGUAGCCACCAUUAAUUUCUCUUUGAUACCGGAACGCAAUCGUGUGCCAUUUAUUAGUGUGUGCAGUUUGUGCUGGACAUGCUUUCUGGCUUAUAUGAAACAUUUGGAGCACCAUGAGGUGGAUCAAGUUCUGUAGUUCUGUCGUUUUCUGUGUGUAUCUAUUGUUAUUAUUAGCUUUAAUAAAUUAAUGCAACACUUA